AGAAUUACAUAGUCACGGAAGACAGAUGUAACUCACAGGCCACAGUUGCCUCAAUGCUUACUGCGGACCAAGCAAUCUUUAGUGAAUAGCUAAAGCAACUUUCAGCCUUCUUAGACAAAGAAGAAAAGAACAGCCUUAUCUGAAAUAAAUUAUAUUUGAUAUUCUUCAAACUGGCCUAACAUUCAUAAGAAUGCAAGACAGAAGCUGUGAGCAAACAGUGCCUCUAUCUUUAAUGCUGAAGGAGGCUUACUCUUCAGAGAAAAGAUCCCAUGAGGGAUACUCUGAAAACACAUCAGAGGCUUCUUCAUCCCAUGACUCUUUUUAUGAUUCCCUAUCAGACAUGCACGAUGGAGAAUUUUCAAAUGAGCUUUCUGCUUUUCUCAGCCAAGAGGAGAUAAAUAAGAGCCUUGACCUAGCCCGGGAGGCUAUUGCUAAUUCUAAGAAGGAGGAUCAAAAUACAGAACAGGAGUUGAGUCAUUAUUUUAACACUUCACUUCCAAUCUCAUCAGAAAAUGCAUCUUCUAGGGAGACCAAAGUGCAUGAACAAGAAGCUUUGGGGAGGCCUCAAAUAAGGAGCCCAAUUUCACUGUCAAUUACACCUCAAACUUUUCAAGAGCAACUGAAACAGCAAUCACCCAUGUCACCUCGGACAGCAAGCAGUUUUUUUUCUGGGAAGGAAGCAAACAUCUCACCCUUGUUACCUGCUAGUCCCAGUUUUAUUCGGAGUCUCAAAAAUGCUCAGAAAUGUGGUCCAAGUCUGCAAAAGACAAGUUCAAAGUCCAAAUCAGUGCUCCAAGGAGAUGCUCCUUUCAAGAGCAAGUUGUGUGACAAGGCUGCCACAUUCAUUGAAGAACUUUCUUCCAUAUUUAGAGAAGCAGCAAAGACAAGAGGCAGGAGUCCUGAUGGGGACUCCUCUUCCCCAGACAGUGGAUACCUGUCACCUAAAAAGAAACAGUCGGCCAUGAUGAAUGCCACAGUGAGUCAGAUCCCUGGUGAAACAUAUGAAAAGAGUAAAUCUGAGAUAGAGUUAUCUGGUGAACAUCAAAAUGGAGAGCCCUUCCAUGAGAAAAAAAAUGUCACCCAGCAGAACGAAACUGUCUUACGCCACCAGCUCAGCAAUGUAGGGGGUCAGAAGUCUUCAGCUCCUCGAUUUAUCCAGAAACUCAAAAGCCAGGAAGUUGCUGAAGGAACCAAGGUGCUGCUGUCUUGCCGAGUCGCUGGAAAUCCAAUACCUCAUGUCAGAUGGUUCUGUGAAGGAAAAGAACUCCAGAAUACUCCUGAUAUUCAGAUCCGUUCUGAAAGUGGAGGCCUUCAUUCACUCAUCAUAGCAGAAGCCUUUGAGGACGAUACUGGACGUUACACUUGUCUGGCCUCAAAUUCCAUUGGCUCUGAUAGUACGUCAGCUGAAGUAUUCAUUGAAGGUGCCAGCUCAACCGAUUCUGAGAGUGAAAAUUCAGUUUUCAAAUCAAAAUCUGGAGCUAUGCCACAGGCUCAGAAGAAAACUACUUCUGUUUCCUUAACAAUAGGAUCUUCUGCUCCAAAGGCUGGAGUCACCACAGCUGUAAUUCAGCCUAUUUCUGUGCCCAGUCAGCAGGUCCAAAGUCCUACUUCAUGUCUAUACCGUCUAGAUGGAUCCAAGCCAGGCUGCUGUGCACCCAUUUUUACAAAGGAGCUGCAAAACUCCACAGCAUCUGAAGGGCAGGUGGUUGUACUAGAGUGUAGAGUCAGGGGAACACCUCCUGUGCAUGUCAAGUGGUUUCGGCAAGACAUGGAAAUCCAAGAUUCUCCAGAUUUCAGAAUUCUCCAGAAAAAGCCGCGAUCUGCAGCAGAACCUGAGGAGAUCUGUACCCUGGUCAUUGCAGAGACUUUUCCUGAAGAUUCCGGAACCUUCAUAUGCACAGCAGAAAACGAGUACGGGUCAGCAACGAGCAGUGCACAGCUGACAGUCUGCUCAGCCAACUCGGAAAGCUCUUGCCAUGAAUUGUCAGUAAGAGAAUCCAACUGUGAUGAUUUCCAGCAUUUCCCGCCUCCCCCUCCAAUGCUUGAGAUUAGUUCUCUUGAGCUUCCUCCAAAGAAGCACACAGAGAGCCACCAGGUGAACAACACUGAACGUAGACCCAGUGUAGCAGCUCUUCAGUUACAGCUAAACUCUUCUGAGAAGAAACCUAAUGGCAUCCAUCCCAGUCAUGGAGUAAAUGGUGUGAUUAAUGGCAAAACUAACAGUGAUAAAUCUACCCCAUCUCCAGCUGUCUUGCUUUCACCCACCAAGGAGCCGCCACCAGUGCUUGCCAAACCAAAGCUAGACCCCCUAAAGCUAAAGCAACUACAGAACCAAAUUCGUCUGGAACAAGAAGGUGGCCAGCGGUAUCAUCAUCAACAGCAACUUGGUGCCCAUCCAAAUCCUCCCUCUUCUCCUUCUUUUCCUCCUCCCCCGUCAUUCCAGGAGCUUGAGUCCAGUCAGUCUGUCACUUCCCCUGUGCAAAUGAGCGUUCUCAACUCCCACACUUCUCCCAACAUGCAGUCAUCCAGCUCCUUCAACUAUGCCCGGCCGAAACAAUUCAUUGCUGCUCAGAACAUCAGUCCUGCCUCAGGUUAUGUGACCCCUUCAUCUGGAUCAUCAACGUCCAGUCUUCCAUCUCCAAUUUCUCCAACCACCUCUCAGAAACAAUUUGGCCGAGCACCUGUUCCUCCUUUCUCCCAGCAGUUUGCCCCAGAAGGGGAGUACCCCUGGUCUCCUUCAUCUCCCUCUCCCCCGCCACCACCUCCACCAGUCUUUAGUCCAACUGCAACAUUUGCAGUUUCUGAUUCCUUUCCGCUUCCUCCUCCUCCACCCCCUCCUCUCCCUUGUUUGGUUUCCUCACCUUCCCACAGCCUCUCUCCAACAGCUAGAUUCUCUAACUCCAACCAGUCUCCAGCAGCCUUCCUCAGCUCCAUGCUACCAUCCCAGCCACCACCUGUCCCUGUCAACGCACUAGGACUUCCAAAAGGUGUCACACCUCCGGGAUUUCCAAAGAAAACAGGCAGAACUUCUAGGAUAGCAUCUGAUGAGGAGAUUCAAGGGACAAAAGAUGCUGUCAUACAAGACCUAGAAAGAAAACUUCGCUUCAAAGAAGAUCUUCUGAACAAUGGCCAGCCGAGGUUAACAUAUGAGGAAAAGAUGGCUCGUCGGCUACUGGGUGCAGAUAGUGCUGCCACUGUCUUUAAUUUACAAGAACCAGAGGAAGAACCCACUACACAGGGAGCUCGCUCUCUUGAUGCUUCUGUAAUGAGUCCUGUGGAUAUUCAAAAGGAGUACAAGGUCUCCAGCUUUGAGCAAAGACUGAUCAGUGAGAUUGAGUACCGGCUGGAAAGAUCUCCUGUGGAAGAAUCAGAUGAUGAGGUACAACAUGGAGAUGAUCCUGUUGAGAAUGGUGCAGCCCCCUACUUUGAGAUGAAGCUGAAACAUUACAAGAUCUUUGAAGGAAUGCCAGUGACAUUUACAUGCAAAGUGGCUGGGAACCCAAAUCCAAAGAUUUACUGGUUCAAAGAUGGGAAGCAAAUCUCUAAGAGAAGUGAUCACUACAGAAUUCAAAGAGAACCUGAUGGGACCUGCUCUCUCCACACUGUCGCCUCCACCCUGGAUGAUGAUGGGAAUUACACUGUCAUGGCUGCCAACCCACAGGGCAGAAUAAGCUGUACUGGAAGGCUGAUGGUCCAAGCUGUCAAUCAAAGAGGCCGCAGUCCUCGGACACCUCCUGGACAGCCUCAUGUCAGAAGACCCCGAUCUCGAUCAAGGGACAGCGGUGAUGAAAACGAACCAAUUCAGGAACGAUUCUUCAGACCUCACUUCCUGCAGGCUCCUGGAGACCUGACUGUUCAAGAAGGAAAACUCUGCAGAAUGGACUGCAAGGUCAGUGGGUUACCAACUCCGGAUCUAAGCUGGCAACUCAAUGGAAGACCAAUUCGUCCUGACAGUUCUCACAAAAUGCUGGUGCGCGAGAAUGGUGUGCACUCCCUGAUCAUAGAGCCAGUCACAGCUAGAGAUGCUGGAAUCUACACAUGCAUCGCCAGCAACAAAGCUGGUCAGAACACAUUCAGCCUGGAGCUCAUUGUUGCAGCUAAGGAAGUACACAAGCCACCAGUGUUUAUAGAGAAGCUACAGAACACGGGAGUGGCUGAGGGAUACCCAGUGCGACUGGAGUGCCGCGUCUAUGGAGUGCCACCUCCUCAGAUAUUUUGGAAGAAAGAGAAUGAGUCACUCACCUAUAACACUGACAGAGUGAGUAUGCACCAGGAUAAUCAUGGCUACAUCUGCCUGCUUAUUCAGGGAGCUACAAAAGAAGAUGCCGGUUGGUAUACUGUGUCAGCUAAGAAUGAGGCUGGAAUAGUGUCCUGCACUGCCAGGCUGGAUGUGUAUACUCAGUGGCAACAACACCCUCAGACCACCAAGCCAAAGAAGGUACGUCCCUCAGCCAGUCGAUAUGCAGCACUUUCUGACCAAGGACUAGACAUCAGGGCAGCGUUCCAGCCUGAAGCAAACCCAGUUCAUCUGACAUUACAGUCUGGCUUGGUAGAGAGUGAUGACCUGUAAACCCGAGCUGCCGUACCCAUCUUUUUUCUUUCAACGCAGAAACACUGAAAACUGUUGCCUUGAUCAAUGAUACUUCUAUGUCACUUUAUGUAAGAGGCAAACACCUUCAAGUACAAGACAUAAAGAACACCUUAACCAUAUAUUUCUUAUUCAUUAUACCAAAUUAGGAAAAUAAGUAGCUGAUUAAUAAUAGAAAUGUAUACAUUGCACAGAAAAAAAAAUCACGAUCACCAUCAACUCCUAUCUAGGUUGCUUCAACUCCUGUGAAUAACCAUUUUUAUAAAGCCAAAAUACUAAAGCAAACCAGAGUUUUUAGAAGUAAGCACACUGUUUGUCACCAAGUGCUUUCAUAAGCAAGAUAUAUUUGCUACACGAUCAUCGGUGGUGCAAGGCAUUUCAUUUGAGGCCAUUAGACCGCAAACAAAAAAAUAGAAUGUAUGGUUAUCUUUUUGCAAUUCUCAAAUGGCAAUGUAUUCUGAUAGCUACAGUGAAUAAGUGCAAUAUUGUAAAAAUAAAACAGGAAGGGAGAAGGAAGAGAAAUUUAAGUAAAUGCCUUAUUUCUGCAAGCUGAUUUCUGUUCUACGGUGAAAAACAACUACGUGCCUAAAAUGUUAUUGAUUAGCAUUGGCAAUUCUAUAUAGCAAAGUCAACACCUUAGUUCUGGAUUUUUUUAUAUCCAUUUUUUUCUUUUGUGCCAUCUAGCAGGAGGCUUAUCUACAUACUGCAAGGCUAAUUUAAGCAUAAAUAAUUUAACCUGUUCAUCUCGAAGAAUAAAAGCUGAGGUAUAAUAAUGCUCCACUACAGACUAUAAAUCCCAUCACCUAGGUGAGAGGCAUGUGUGGGAGAAAGAAAAAUGCCAACAGUUUAGUUUUACUUCAUUAGGUUAGCAAACAGGGGCGAAUAGGGCAAAAAGACUGGACCUUUCUUAUGGGUUCUUUGAAAACAGUCUGCAAAAUCAUAAGAGCACUGCCAUUCACAUAUCUGAAAUCCUAAAUUCAAUUGAACACAGGAGAGUGUAAGUACUGGACAUUUCUGAUUGUUUAGAGCUUGUGUAGUAAGUCUGAGGAUUCUAGAAGUGUAUAGCAAGUGGAAUAUGGGUUGAGUUUGCUAUAUGGGUUGAAAUGACAAGUAUACACAAUAGGGGAUAGAUUAGUAGAUCUGAGGGAAGCAAAGAAUGAAGAUGGACAAAAAUCCCAACACAUUUUGUGCCAUAAUAUUUUUAACAAAGCAUGUGUAUGUGGUGGAUGGUAUUAUUUGUUCUCUUUCCUACUGUAGGAUAACACAAUAACCCUACCAAGGCUAGGGUGUGUGUACAGUAGGCAAAAAUGUUAGAAGAGCUACUUUCAGAAUGUAAAGCAAUUCUACACCAAACUAGACUCUACCUAGUCAAACUAUAUUAGGCAGUUUUGAUUCACAACCAGUUAAUUUUAAUUGAAGGGGUGGGUUGGGGUGUAAGAAUUUGAUUAGGCCUGAUGGGGGAGAAUGAGGUUUUGAUGGUACGAGCGUACUUUGCUAUGAAAGGAAAACACUGUAUUCCUUAUAUGAAGCACAUAUAUGGUAUCUUUCAUUAUUUAUAAUAAAAGUGUUGAAAUCUUUUAUCUCAGUUCAGUUAUUCAAGUCCAGUACUUAGUUUUUUUAUUUUUUAUUUUGUAAUUGUGUACCACACCAUAUAUAUGCAUUACUGCUAUACAUGUAUUGCUUUGUACUUCUGUGUAAGUACACAAACCAAGUUUUUAGCAGUUAAUAAACUUAAGCACAUACGAUAGUUCUAUUCUAUGCAGAUUGGUGCCGACUAUGGCCACACCCAUAGGCAUUGCUAAUCUAAAUUAAUGUCAUACACAGUCUGUCAUAUGGAAAAAAUCUACCUAUAUUUAGGAAAAUUAUGUUGUAUCAUUUGCCAAAUGUUUUGACUGUGACAUGCUAAUUUACCAUUUGUUUAGCUUCACUAGCAUUAUUUUGCCACCUUUAUUUGUAUUUAUAAAAAAUGUACUAUUCAUAUCAUUUUGGAUUGAUGUGCUGACAUGUGGGUUUAAUAUCAAUAAAUAUUACACCAAUAGAAAA